AUGUUAACAACAUCAGAUGAACUCUUGGGAAUUACUGUUAACAUUAUCAGCAAAAGUUCAGCCAGAGUGUAUGAAAAUAUUACAUUAGAUGCAGGUCAAGAGGUCAGGUCAGAUACAUUUUUAGACAAAACUUCCAAUCAAUUGAUGGUGCUUACAGAAACAAUGUUGCUAAAACUACCAGUAGCUAACUGUAGUCAGUUUACCACAUGUGAUGAGUGCAUCAGACCAACUGGAGACCAAGAUGGAGACCCAUAUUGUGGUUGGUGUACACUGCAGAAAAUAUGUACCAGAUUUAAAGAAUGUAAAAGCUCUUAUUGGUUGCCUGGCAACACUGCACAAUGCAUACAGAUUACAGAUGUUGAGCCACCAUUCGUCCAUUACACAGAUGAACAUGUCAAAGUAAAAUUAACUGUUGAGCAACUCCCACCAUUAAAUGCCAACCAAAAUUAUAGUUGUAAAUUUGGUGAUUUUGUGUCACCUGGACUGAAAGAUGGAAAAACGAUCACCUGCACAUCACCACCUAGAACACAAGUGCCACAGAUACCAAACAAAGAAGCUGCUGUGGAAGUUUCGUUAUCUGUGCAUUCAUCUCAAACUGAUGUUGAUUUUGUUACCACUCAAUUCAGGUUCUUUGAUUGCAGUGCCAUCACAUUUUGUUCCGAAUGUGUUACCAGCUUUACCUGUGAUUGGUGUCUCUAUGGCAACACAUGUACCCAAAAUGCAUCAGCAUUCUGUAGUACGGAUGAUCAAGUGAUCUUGAAUGGCAAUGCAACUGUGACACCAGUUCCUGGUGGUAUGAAAGGUCAUGAUUCAUGUCCACAAAUUAUCCGUCAAACCAAUGAAGAACUGAUUCAUGCGAGUCUAGUGAAAGAAGUCCGUAUACCUGUUAAGAAUUUACCAAAUGCAACAAAAGUCCCCAUUGUCUAUGAGUGUGUGCUGACAAUUGAGGGGAAAACGUCAAAUAUUCCGGCGUCUGUUGAGGAAUCUAAUAUUACUUGUUCCCAAUACACAGUAAGACUUUAUCCUUGUGUGAUACAUCUUUACUCAGCACUUUAA